CUGCGCCGCAGGAACAGCCUCGUGGCCAGCCCCAUGCAGCAGGUUCUUUUCUUGCGGCCGUCAGUUUAGUUCUCGCCAGGAAUAGGAAGCUUUGGGGGGAGGCAAGGCGACUGGCAUUAUCCGAAAUAGACGCCAUUUCCUCGGUGCUCGUGAAGUAUAACAGCGGACACACACGUCUGGAAAGACGAGGGACACAUCACAAACUGUCUUCCAUGCUUCUGGAAGUCACACAACGGAAAUCAUGGCCGCGAUGGACUAUGAUGAUGCCCAGCGGAAGCUGGCUUAUACGUUGCUUUUGGAGCUGAUGUCAUACCAGUUUGCCUCCCCCGUCCGAUGGAUUGAAACGCAAGAUGUGGUGCUCAGCCAAUACCGGGCCGAACGCAUCGUGGAGAUCGGCCCGGCGGCGACCCUGACGAACAUGAUGGCUCAGACGGUGCAGUCCAAAUUCUUGCAUCGUGAUCGAGCCUCUCUACUGAAGCGACAACUCUUGGCCUCGGAGAAACACGGGAAGGAGAUCUACUAUGAGUAUGACGGGGCUCUUCCUGCUUCUAUACCCACAGCUACUUCUACUUCGACUUCUACUUCUACUUCGACUGCUACUGCUGCUGCCACUCCCGCUCCCGCUCCCGCUCCCGCUCCCGCCACCGCUCCUACCACUACCAAGCCUUCAGCCUUGGCGCCUGAGGCCGCCACUCCCACUCCUGCGCCUGCAGCCUUGGUGCCUGAGGCCGCCAUCGACGACCAGCCUCCCCGCGCAUUUGAAGUCAUUCGCACGCUCCUCUCUCGAGUCCUCAAGAUCGCCGUCACCGAUAUCGUCGGCACCCAAAGUAUCAAGUCCUUAGCCGGAGGACGUUCGACCCUGGAAAAUGAGAUCAUCGGCGAUCUCAACAGCGAGUUCGGCUCCUUGCCCGAUCGCGCCGAAGACCUCACCGUCACCGACCUCAGCGAUGUCCUCCAGAAGGCUUUCACCGGCCAAAUGCGCAAGGUCAUGCUGAAGAUGCUCCAUGCCAUGUUUGCCUCCAAAAUGCCUGGGCAGUUCACCGUGGCCACCACCAGAGCAUACCUGCAGUCUCGCUGGGGCUUAGGGUCCGGCCGACAGGAUUCGAUCCUGUUGUUGGCCAUCGCACAGCAGCCGGCGAGUCGCAUCAGCGAGGAGCCGGAAGCGAAGGCCUUCUUUGAUGGGCUGGUGCAGGUGUAUGCCACCGAGCAAGGUUUGACGCUGGGAGGGACCACGGGGGCUGGGGCAGAAGAGUCAGCGGGCGGCCAUGCGAUGAUGCUGGAUCACAAAACCCUGGAGGCGUUAACCGGAGGCCAGCAGGAGUUGUCCAAGGCGCUGUUGAAGCUGUAUUCCAAGCAUCUAGAGAUCGAUCUGGACCAGGAUCGACGCGCGUUGGAUGACCUGCAGGUGACGGUGGAGAAAGACCUGCGGGCAGCGCUGGACCAGAUCCAUCAGGAGCUGGGUGAGGACUUCACCUCGGGCGUGCAGCCACAGUUCAGCGCGAAAAAGGCCCGACGCUUUGAUAGUGCGUGGAGCUGGGCGCUGCAGGACUUGCUGCAUUUGUACUAUGAAGUGUCCCGGACGGACGGCAAGGAUGCCGAUCUGCAGCUGGCGACGCAGCGCUGCGAGCAUAUUCAGGAUGCAGCAGACCCCCGGCUGUUGGAUGUGUUGCAACAUAUCGUUGGGAAAUUCGAGGAGCAGCCCUUGCUGGCAUCCUUGUUUACCGGGCUGGCCGAGCGGUGUCGCGAGUCGUUGCACCGCGGUCCCAAGUAUCUGGCCCGUCCCGAUAGUCGCGGUCCCUGCACGACGAUCACUGCCGCAGGAGAAAUCUCCUACACCGAGCAGGAGCGCCCCGUGCCAGCUCCGCUCGCCGAGUUGGUCUCUCUUCCCGGCACCGAACCUCCGUUGGAGCCUUAUCUGCAUCUGAAGGAGCGGACGGGUUCCUCCUGGAGAUACAGUCCUGACCUCACGGAGCAGUAUCGCGCUGUGCUUGAGCAGGCGACGACCAGCGGGGAGUCCUUCGUCGGCCGCGCGGUGCUCCUGACAGGUGCCGGGGUGGGAUCCAUCGGGGCGGAAGUCCUGAAGGGCCUGCUCUCCGGCGGUGCACGCGUGAUCGUCACCACCAGCCGCUUCUCCUCCAGUGUCGUCCGCAAGUACCAGGAUCUGUACACGCAGUUCGGGGCCCGCGAAUCCGAACUGGUUGUCGUGCCUUUCAACCAAGCCAGCUCCCAGGACGUCGCCGCGCUGAUCGACUACAUUUACGGACCCAACGGGCUGCACUGGGAUCUCGACCACAUCCUGCCCUUCGCAGCCAUCCCAGAAAAUGGCCGAACUAUCGAGAAGAUUGACCCGCACGCCGAGCUUGCUCAUCGAACCAUGAUGACCAAUACCCUGCGUCUGUUGGGCGCAGUCAAAACGCACAAGGAAGCACAAGGCUCGCGCACGCGACCCACCCAAGUCAUCCUUCCUCUCUCGCCCAACCAUGGCACCUUCGGCGGAGACGGCCUGUACAGUGAGUCCAAGCUGGGGCUCGAAGCGCUCUUCAACCGCUGGCACUCGGAGGACUGGUCGGACUACCUCUCGGUCUGCGGUGCGGUGAUCGGCUGGACUCGGGGCACGGGUCUCAUGAGCGGCAACAACCUGGUCGCUGAGGGCAUUGAGCGCCUCGGGUGUCGAACGUUCUCCCAGCAAGAAAUGGCCCAGUGUCUCCUCUGUUUGAUGUUCAACCCCAUCUCUAGCCUCUGCGAGGAAGCACCCCUGUACGCCGACCUGGCCGGUCGGAUGGGUGCGGUGCAAGACCUCCGACAGAAGGUGCAAGAACUGCGCUUGGAGAUCAACGAGACGGCGCAGACGCGCAAAGCCCUUCUCGAAGAGUUGGACAUGGAAGCCCAAUGCUCCUCGGACAUUCCACCCACGCCCACUGCGGUCUCUGAGACCAGUGCCCCCAAACCCGUGCCGAAAGCGCACGUCCGCCUCGACUUUCCCGAGGUCCUCGAUUAUCACCGGGACAUUAAGCCGCUCACGGCCGAUUUGCAAGGCAUGGUCGACCUCGAGCGCGUGGUUGUUGUGACCGGAUUUGCCGAGUUGGGCCCGUGGGGCAAUGCUCGCACCCGCUGGGAGAUGGAAGCGUACGGCGAGUUCUCGCUCGAAGGCUGCGUCGAGAUGGCCUGGUUGAUGGGACUGAUCCGCUACGAGAAUGGCACCACACCUGGCUGGGUCGAUGCCAAGACGAAUGAGCCUGUCUUCGACCACCAGAUCAAGCAGAAGUACGAAGAGCACAUGCUGGCCCACUCCGGCAUCCGUCUCAUCGAGCCAGAUCUCUUCGGUGGGUACGACCCCGAACGCAAGCAGAUGCUGCACGAGGUGCUCAUUCAAGAGGACUUCCCGCCGUUGGAGGUGCCCGAGGCCACCGCGCAGCAAUUGAAGCUGGAACACGGGGACAAGGUGCAUAUCGCGCUGGAGCCGGGGACUGACCAGUAUCGGGCGGUUCUGAAGAAAGGCGCGAAGCUACUGGUGCCCAAGGCAAUGCGGUUUGACCGCUUGGUGGCCGGGCAAAUUCCCACGGGCUGGGAUGCGAAGAAGUACGGCAUAUCGGAUGAUCUGAUCUCGCAGGUCGACACGGUCGCCCUGUACACCUUGGUGUGCUCGAUUGAGUCGCUGCUCUCGUCCGGAAUCACUGACCCUUAUGAGAUCUACCGCUACAUCCAUAUCUCUGAGGCAGGCAACUGUAUCGGCUCCGGUAUCGGUGGGUUCAACUCGCUCCAGCAGAUGUAUCGCGCCCGGUACCAGGAGAGGGACGUGCAGAAAGAUAUCCUCCAGGAGUCGUUCGUCAAUACGAUCGGCGCCUGGGUGAAUAUGCUGCUGAUGUCGUCCGCUGGUCCGAUGCGCACUCCGGUCGGCGCCUGUGCGACCGCGAUUGAGUCGGUCGAGCUCGGCUACGACACGCUCGUCAGCGGUAAAGCGCAGUUCUGCUUCGUCGGCGGUGGGGACGAUUUCGGCGAAGAGUUGUCAUAUGAGUUUGCCAAUAUGAAAGCGACCUCCAACGCGGUUGAUGAGUUCGAGCAAGGUCGUGAUGCGUCUGAGAUGUCCCGGCCCGCCGCCAGCACGCGCAACGGCUUCAUGGAGUCGCACGGCUGCGGUGUCCAGAUCCUCACCACCGCCAAACUCGCCUUGCAGAUGGGCCUGCCCGUCCGCGGCGUGGUCGCCUUCGUCGAGACUUCGAGCGAUAAGGCCAGCCGGUCGGUGCCUGCGCCCGGAAAGGGGAUCCUCUCCAAGGCGCGUGAGUCGCAAACCUCCUCUCGCAUCGCCUCGCCGUUACUUAAGCUCUCCAACCGGCGCAAGCGUCUCGACUUCCGGAAGAAACAGAUUGACUUCGCGCGAGAGGCUGCCCUCGAGGACCUCCAACUCGAGGUCGCCAGCCUUGACUCUUCCGAGGACGUGGAGUCGUAUGUCCGUGAGCGCACCAGCCAGAUCGAGGCCGAAGCUCGCAAAGACUUCAAGAACGCGCAAUACCACCUCGGGAACGCCUUCUGGGCCAAUGAUCCGACCAUCGCACCCCUGCGCGGCGCCCUGGCUGUCUGGGGUCUGGGGGUCGACGACCUGGACGUCGCUUCCUUCCACGGGACUUCGACGAAGCUUAACGAGAAGAAUGAGUGCAGCGUCAUCCAAACCCAGCUCUCGCACCUCGGCCGCUCCAAGGGCAACGUCAUUCUCGGCGUGUUCCAGAAAUAUUUGACCGGUCACCCGAAAGGUGCGGCGGGCGCGUGGAUGUUAAAUGGCGCGCUCCAGAUCCUCAAUACCGGAAUCGUGCCAGGCAACCGCAACUUGGAUAACGUGGACGUGGAGCUGCAGAAGAACGAGCAGAUUGCUUUCCUGAAUCGGUCCUUGGAGACGACCGGUCCUGCCGGCCUGCGCGCCAUCAGUGUGACGUCCUUCGGGUUCGGGCAGAAAGGCGCUCAGACGAUUGUCGUGCAUCCUAAGUAUCUGUUUGCCACCGUAACAGAGCAGGAGUAUCAGGCAUACGUGGACAAGCGAGCUCAACGGCAGAAGAAGGCGGAUGCAUUCUUCUAUCGCGGGUUGGCCGCCAACAGUCUUUUCGAGUUGAAGACUGCUACGCCGUGGGCGCCGCAGAAGGAAUUGGAGACCCUGUUGGAUCCCACGGUGCGCUUUUAGACGGUUGACGAGAGAUUAUAAGAUAUUAUUACUGGGAGGGAUGGCGUUCAGGUUCUGGGUUUUGUCUUAAUGUUGUUGUUCUUUCAUUCCCGCUCAUGUCUUCACUGCUCCAUGGCACAUAUGAGAUAUAUACUGAACUUGGUGGUCUAAAGGGAUGUUCACUCGUAGCU